AUGGGGAGGGUGCCUGUAGGUAGGAGCAAGGCUGCUGCAAAAGCCAUUGCUCAAUCAAAACAAUCUUUAUUAAGUUUUGCCCCCAUUGUGGAGAGAGGAGGUUUUGUAGAUGAGGACAACCUGGAGGGGAUUGAGCCUGAGGAGGGAUGUGAAGUGGGAGAAGGUGAUGCUGCAUCAGUAGAGGAGAAGGAGAAGAAAAUUCGUAGGGGGAAGUGGCAACUUGCAUGGGUCAUAAAAUGGCGGUGGUUGCAUUUUGAUCAGAAAAAUGGUAAUAAUUUUCUUGAUUUUUCAUCUAAUCCUACUUGCAUUACAACACUGAUCUUCUGCUCAAUAUGCCGUGCCAACAAGAAUUGCAAGAAUCCAUUUGGUACAUCAGGUUCCACCAACAUGAAGACUUCAAGUUUCCAUGCUCAUGGGCAAACAAAAGAUCACAAGCAUUCCAUUUACAUAGCUGAGGUGAAAGCUGGCGGUCAAUCCUCCAUGGCAGCUGCAAAUGAUCGGCAACAAGAGGCAGCAGAGAAGGGAGUUAUUUGCUUGUUUAGGACUGCUUAUGCUAUUGCACAAGGUUUUGUUCCUCUUCGCAAAUACCCAUUGCUUCUGGAGCUACAACAGUUGAACGGAGUUUAUGUUCCUAGCAUGUACAAGAACGUGAUGGCCUGCUCACGCUUCAUCACUUUCAUCAACAAGGUGCUCUUAGAUCAAAUUUUGGAGAAAGUUAAAGCUAGCCCAUUCUUUGGAAUAAUGCUAGAUGAGAGCACGGAUAUAAGGUUUGUGGGGUUUGGUUCAGACGGCUGCAAUGUUAUGACAGGAAACAGGACAGGGGUUGCAGCAAGGUUGAAGGAGGUCAAUCCAUUCAUGACCUCCACACAUUGUCUUUCACACAGAGCUAACUUAUGUGUGGAGGACGUCUACAAGAAUCCAACAGUUCAUAAUCUUUGCGAUGAAGUGGAUCAGGUGGUGAACAAGGUAGCCAGUUUUUUCUCAAGGAGUUCUAGCAGGUUGCAGCAGCUACAGGCACUACAGGACGAGCUAGACUUCAAGGUGCUGAAGGUGUUGCGGAUCCAGCAGACACGUUGGUUGAGCAAGGGUGGAGCCAUUACCAGGAUGUGUGAGUGUCUGGAACCACUACUCAAGUUUUUUAAGGACGGGAGAACAACUCAAACAAGGAAGUUGUAUGACCGUCUCAGGAGUUUGAAGUUCCUUUAUGCACUCCACUUUCUAGGAGAUAUCUUGGCAGUGGUAAAUCAGCUGAACCUGGAGUUUCAAGCACAGACUAUGGACGUGACUAGUGUUGCACCUUUAUGCAAGGCAACUAUGGCCAAGAUACAGGUAUACUAUUUGGAUAAGCAGGUGGAUUUGAAUGGUUUUCAGUUGGAUAGCAGAGGAUAUCCUAUAAUCCCAGAUGGUGGACGCUGCAAUGGUCCUUUGGAUGAGCUCAGGUCAUCAGUUAAGGGAAACGAAUACAGAGACGUGGAAAUGAUCAAGUCGAUUCACGGAGAAGAUUUGGAGGAGGUACUAGAGUUUCAAAAGAACUUUGGCACUAGUCUUUUGGAGGGUAUAAGGACCAGGUUACAGGACUCUGAGGCGACUGGUAUUCUCUCCAAGUUCCACUUUUUAGCUCCUAUCAACUUACCUUCAUCAGUGCGUGAGUUGAAAGCUUUUGGUAAGUUUGAGGUUCAGGAACUUGGAAAGUUCUACACAGGGAUGAUCAAUGAAGCAGAGCUGGCUGAAGAGUACAGUUUAUGGAAGAUAAUAGCUUCCGAGGAGUGGAAGGGGAAAACUUUCGUGGAUGUUUGGGGAAUGAUUUAUGCUCACAGUAUCUGGACGAAGAAGUAUCCCAACUUGCUGAAGUUGGCAAUGGUCGGCAUGGUUCAAUGCUACAACACUGCAUCAUGUGAGCGUGGGUUUAGUAGAAUCAACUUGGUGAAGAAUAAGUUUCAAAACCAGAUGGGGACGGAGAUGGUUGACAAGCUUGUGAGGAUCUCCAUUGAGGGUCCGCCAAUAGCUAAGUUUGAUUUUGAAACAGUGGUGCAAGCAUGGAAGGAAGGAAUUCUUGGGCCUAUACGCCAUGAUCCAGUAGCAGUGUUGGUGAAUAUGGCUGGCUGUGAACGGAAAGGGGUUUGGUGGGGACUGAAAAAAGCGAUAUUAGGGAAAGUUGUUCCUCAUAUCUGCAAGCAUCCAGAGGAUGCUAAGACGUGGAUCUAG